GGAGCGGUAGUCCGCGCGCGCGAUUCACAGCGCCGUGUGCGCCUCAGGCGCGCCGCAGCUGCGGGGCCCCGGCCAGGCGCUACGCUACGGAGGCGGCGUAGCGCGGGCGCCGGACGCGGGCCGGGUCGGGGCCGGCCGGGCCGGGCGCGCUGCAGCUCCGCCACUCAGCGGGGGAGGCCGGCGGCAGAAGUUGUGGACCGGCCGGCGCAGGCGAGCAGGCCCGGGGCCGCGCCGCCCGGGCCGCGGGGACUGAGGAGGCGCCGCCAGGUUGCGGAGCCCGGCCGCCCUGUCUCCGGCGUGGGCGCUGUCCUCCCUCCAUGCUCCACCUCACCCACUGCGGGCCGCGUGUGACCAGGCCCAGGUCUCAGCGCGGCCGCCAUCGCGGGGGCCAUGGGGAGCUCCGCCUCCUCGCUGGCCACCGAGACCGAGUCGGACCACGGCUUCCCCGGGGGACCGCCUUACCCCGGGCCCCCUGCAGCAGCCAGCUGGUGUAGGAGCGGCCCUGGGGGGCCUGUCUGGGGUGGUGCCCUGGUCACCCGGCAGCACCAGCCCCCGCGUCCCCGGGCCCGAAGCCACACACACUCGCCUGGGUCCAUGGCCACGGUUGGGGAGUGGUCCUGUGCACGCUGCACCUUCCUGAACCCAGCCGGCCAGCGCCAGUGCUCCAUCUGUGAGGCCCCCCGGCACAAGCCUGACCUCGACCACAUCCUCAGGCUCAGUGUGGAGGAGCAGAAAUGGCCCUGCGCCCGCUGCACGUUCCGGAACUUCCUGGGCAAGGAGACUUGUGAGGUGUGUGGCUUUGCCCCAGAGCCUGUGCCUGGCGCCUCCGUGCUGCCUGUCAUCAACGGGGUCCUGGCGGAGCCCAGGGCCAGCUGCAAGGAGGAAGCCGGUCCCGUGCAGACAGCGGGGCUGGCGUCCGCAGAGCCGGCUCGGGGGCGGCCCCAGGAGGAGGCGGAGGAGGAGGACGCGGAGCCGGAGCAGGGGGAGGAAGGGCGGGCAGCAGAGCCCGGGAGCGGCUGGGCCUGCCAGCGCUGCACGCUGCACAACACACCUGUGGCCAACUCCUGCUCGGCCUGUGGUGGCCCCCGGAAACUCUCGCUGCCCAGAAUCCCUCCUGAGGCCCUGGUGGUCCCCGAAGUUGUGGCCCCCGCUGGCUUCCACGUUAUACCUGCCCCAGCCCAGCCCGGGGAGGGCACCGAAGCUGACCCACCCUCUGCCACCGACCAGGAGCCCCCCCGGGCACCAUCUUUCAGCCCCUUCUCGCCCACCCUGCAGAACAACCCGGUGCCUCGUAGCCGCCGCGAGGUCCCCCCCCAGCUGCAGCCACUGGUGCCUGAGGCUACCCAGCCUUCACCGUCUGCCGGCUCCAAGGGGCUCCCCCAGGGCCCAGGGCGGACUGCAGCCGGGGCCUCCCGCCUGGCAGAGCUGCUGUCCAGCAAGCGGCUGAGCAUGCUGGAGGAGGAGGCCACCGAGGGCAGCCCGGCACCGCAGCGGUGCGGCUCCUGCCCCGCGCCCGGCCCCUCGAGCCCUGCCCGCUGUGAGGCCUGUGGUGCUGCACCGAGCAGCGAUGUCAUCGACCUGGCUGGGGACACAGUGCGCUUCAAGCCAGCCAGCCCCUCCAGCCCUGACUUCACCACCUGGUCGUGCGCCAAGUGCACGCUCAAGAACCCCACAGCGGCCCCCAGAUGCACGGCGUGCGGCUGCUCCAAGCUGCAUGGCUUCCAGGAGCAUGGUGAGCCCCCUGCCCGCUGCCCAGACUGCAGCGCCGAUAAGUCUGGUCCCUGCUCGGCCCACAAGGCCAGCUGCCCCUUCCCCGGGGUGCCGCCCGAGCGCCCGAGCCAGUGGGCCUGCCCUGCCUGCACUCUGCUCAACGCACCCCGGGCCAAGCACUGUGCUGCCUGUCACACGCCCCAGCUCCUGGUGGCCCAGCGCCGGGGCGUCGCGCCCCUGAGGCGCAGGGAGAGCAUGCACGUGGAGAAGCGGCGGCAGACAGACGAGGGUGAGGCCAAGGCCCUCUGGGAAAACAUCGUGGCCUUCUGCCGGGAGAACAGCGUGAACUUCGUGGACGACAGCUUCCCCCCGGGGCCUGAGUCGGUGGGCUUCCCUGCGGGUGACAGCGUCCAGCAGCGUGUGCGGCAGUGGCUGAGGCCCCACGAGAUCAACUGCUCCGUGUCCAGGGACCCCAGUGCCCCAUGGUCCGUGUUCCGCACUCUCCGGCCCUCGGACAUCCUGCAGGGGCUGCUGGGAAACUGCUGGUUCCUGAGCGCGCUGGCUGUGCUGGCCGAGCGGCCCGACCUGGUGGAGCGGGUGAUGGUGACACGCAGCCUAUGUGCCGAGGGCGCCUACCAGGUGCGGCUCUGCAAGGACGGCACGUGGACGACAGUGCUGGUGGACGACACACUGCCCUGUGACGAGGCCGGCUUCCUCCUCUUCUCCCAGGCCCAGCGGAAGCAGCUGUGGGUGGCCCUCAUCGAGAAGGCGCUGGCCAAGCUGCACGGCUCCUACUUCGCCCUCCAGGCAGGGCGCGCCAUCGAAGGCCUGGCCACGCUCACCGGUGCUCCCUGUGAGAGCCUGGCGCUGCAGGUCAGCUCCACUAACCCCCGCGAGGAGCCCGUUGACACUGACCUCAUCUGGGCCAAAAUGCUGAGUUCUAAGGAGGCUGGGUUCCUCAUGGGUGCCUCCUGUGGGGGGGGCAACAUGAAGGUGGACGAUGCUGCCUACGAGAGCCUGGGCCUGCGUCCCCGCCACGCCUACUCCAUCCUGGAUGUCCGAGAUGUCCAGGGCUCCAGGCUCCUGCGUCUCCGGAACCCAUGGGGCCGCUUCUCCUGGAAUGGCAGUUGGUCAGAUGAGUGGCCGCACUGGCCAGGGCACCUGCGCAGCGAGCUCAUGCCCCAUGGCAGCAGCGAGGGUGUCUUCUGGAUGGAGUAUAGCGACUUCAUCAGGUACUUCGACUCGGUGGACAUCUGCAAGGUGCACUCGGACUGGCAGGAGGCGCGUGUGCAGGGCUGCUUUCCCAGCUCUGCCAGUGGGCCCGUGGGGGUCACUGCUCUCACGGUGCUGGAGCGCGCGUCCUUGGAGUUCGCCCUCUUCCAGGAGGGCAGCAGGCGCGCAGACUCGGUGGACAGCCACCUCCUGGACCUGUGCGUCCUGGUGUUCCGCGCGUCCUUCGGCAGCGGUGGCCGCCUGAGCCUGGGCCGCCUGCUAGCCCACAGCAAGCGCGCCGUCAAGAAGUUCGUGAACUGCGACGUGAUGCUGGAGCCCGGCGAGUACGCCGUGGUGUGCUGUGCCUUCAACCACUGGAGCCCCGCCGCGCCGGGCCCGCCGGCCAACAUGCAGGCCUCCAGCCCCUCGGCGGGGGUCCCGCGCUGCACCCCGCAGCCGCCCGGCCACGUGCUGGCCGUGUACAGCUCGAGGCUGGUCAUGGUGGAGCCCGUGGAGGCCCAGCCGACCACGCUGGCCGACGCCAUCAUUCUGCUCACCGAGAGCCGGGGCGAGCGGCACGAGGGACGCGAGGGCAUGACCUGCUACUACCUGACGCAUGGCUGGGCGGGGCUCAUCGUGGUGGUGGAGAACCGGCACCCCAAGUCCUACCUGCACGUGCAGUGUGACUGUUCUGACAGCUUCAACGUGGUGUCCACGCGUGGCAGCCUGCGCACCCAGGACAGCGUGCCCCCCCUGCACAGGCAGGUCCUGGUGAUCCUGUCCCAGCUGGAGGGCAACGCGGGCUUCUCCAUCACCCAUCGCCUGGCGCACCGCAAGGCUGCCCAGGCCUUCCUCAGUGACUGGACAGCCUCCAGGGGCACCCACAGCCCCCCUCUCACGCCCGAAGUCGCUGGCCUGCAUGGCCCCCGGCCUCUGUGACCACUCCACCUUCCCAGCCCCCACGCGCACUUUAUGAGGGAGACCCCAGCAGAGGACGCUUGAAUCAGAAUCUCAGGACCCUGCCCAGGGAGCCACCAGCUGCAGUAGCUCCCCCUAGGCCUUCCUCCCUGCCCCUCCCUCCUGCCCUGGGCCUCCCCGCUGCCAAGCAGAAUACCUCGAACCCGCCUCUAGCGCCAGGGGCCUGUAUGCUAGCCCCUCUGACCGACCCUCUCAAGGUUGGGUUCAGAUGGCCAGGGCCAAGGUGAGGCUUCUCUUUCCUUAGGGGCUGGGGCCUCCUGCCUGGCUGAGGCAGCCAAGAGCCCUGCUCCUAGAACCACAACUGGGCAGGUCAAGGCCAGGACCCCAGAGUGAGAGCAGGGAUCUCUCCCUUGUAGGGGUCAGGCUGGGACUCCAGGGUGAAGAGCAACAUCUCCUCUAUGAUGAUCAGAGGCUAGAACCCCUCAGUGAGCAGGGACCACCCCCAUCUGUGGGGGUCAGAGGCUGGGAUCCCAGGAUGAGAGCAGGGACCACCCCCGUCUGUGGGGGUCAGAGGCUGGGAUCCUAGGAUGAGAGCAGGGACCACCUCCUUGGGGGACAUGAGAGGAGGAGCCUUCUGUCCCUGGCUUGCCCCCAGAGCACAUUUCCCCGGCCCCCACAAGGCAAGCAGGGGUCCCUGGAGCCCCAGCAGUGUGUCCCAGGAGGCAGGUGCCUGGCGACCGUGGGCUCAGGGCCGGGGAUGGGGGAGGUCCCAGCGGCCCCUCUGGCGACACUAUGCAAUUCCUGGAGCGCGUCUCAGGAUCGAAGAAGCCAUGCCCAGGGGCUGGAGGCCAGGGGCUGAGGGUCAGGCCCACCCUGCGGUUUGGUGAGGUGGUUUGUCCUCAGCACCACCUGAUCUCUGCCAGGACAAGCAGGGUCCGGCAGCAAUCCUGGACCUCCCUGUCUAGGCAGAGGUAGGGCCCAGCAGCCCCUCCCAGCUCCUCCCCCACCUCAGAAGCCCAGGGAGCUGAGCGGUCACCUGGCAACCUGGCCAUCCUCCCUUGAGGCUGCUGUCAGGCCAGAGUCCUGCGUCUGCCCUCGGACAUCUGAGGCCAGCUUCCUGGGGGCCUGCCUGGCCUCAGUGUCCUGCAGCCCCCAGGCCAUGGGCAGCCCUAUGGGGCUUGGCGGCCUUUUACACCUGGAGAAACAUCGGGAAGCACGCCACUCCCCUUUGGGCCUCCUUUAUAUUCCCUCCUUUUACUCUGAGCUGUGAAUAUUUUUAACCCUGUAUAUAUGACCAGCUCUUCUGACACAGAGACUAUUUUAUCACUUGUCAGUCCCCAUCCCUGUAGGAUGGUUCUCCAUGGGUGUUUCCAGACUCAGGCUCCAAUGGACCAAAUAAAAAUGUUUUGUUUUGUAA